AUGGGUUGUGGAGCUCAUAAAUAAUCAUAAGGGUUAUCACCUUAAUUACGAUAAAAAGCAUUAGAAAUAUUUCAAAAAAUUGAUGUUAAUAAUUCUGGUUCUAUUGAUAAAGAUGAAACUCAAAAAUUUUGGAAAACUAAUUUUGCUAAAGUCAAUACUCAUGCAUUAUUUAAUGCUGUAGAUUUUGAUAAAAGUGGUUAAAUUACUGAAGAUGAAUGGAUGGCUUUUUGGGAAAUUGUUAAAAAAAGUGGAUAUUCUGAUAAAGAAAUCUUUGAAGAAUUAUUUUUAAUCUUCUUAUACAAUUAGUUAGAUAAUUUAAUGGAAGGUAAAGCUUGGGUAUAAUUUCGUAAAGUUGAUGAAUUUGUUAAAAGAGAUCAAAUGAGAAAAAAGAGUCAAGUUAAAUAAAUCGUUGAAGAUAAUUCUAAAAGAAAAUCUAUUCUUUAAUAAUAAGAUUAAUAAUAAAAUAAUUGA